CUUGGAUACUCAUCAUACCGGCGCGGUAAUUUGUAAACAAGUAAUAAUUUAGGUCUACAAAAUAAUGUUAAAAUGAACAGACAGCAUCAGGAGGUUCAAAUAUGGCUGGAGAAGAUAUUUGGUGACCAGUCUGUACCGUCAUAUGAGCUUAACCAGUUUACUGUUAGUGUGUUGUACAACUUAAUGCACAGAAAUGAACAGAAGGAGAAAGAUUGCCAGCUCCUUAUAGAGGAUCUGAGACAAAAGGCAGAGGAAUACAAUGUAGAAAGCAGACGGAUUGAGAACAUUUUACAGUGUAUCAACUUAACUGCAGCCAGUCUGUCACAGUCUGGACUGAUGAGUUUACGCACUCUAGCAAAUCUUGCAUUAUCCUUGCAAACCAAAGACGCUUCAGAUACCAGUUUCCUGUUGGCACUGCAGCAUCUUGAGGAUGAGAUCAGGAGAACAGAGGAAUCUCGCCGAGCACAACAGAAAAUUCUCAACAGUCUUGUGCAGAAAACAAAAACAGCUGUUUUGAAAUACAGUGCGUUGAAGAAGGCACUUGAGGAUUUAGAAAGAAAAAGUGUAGAGGAACAACCGGAGAUGGAAAAACAUGCCCGAGACACACAGUUUAUCAGGGUUAAAGCUAAAGAGUACAAGUCACAAGUACAGAAGUUAGAGGGUGUUUUAGAAAAGAGUGGUGCAGAUCCCAGUAUUUAUCAUGGAAGUUUGGUACAAAGAGCAGAGGAUUUUGAAAAAUUAAAGCAAGAAAUUGUUCCUAUGAAGAAGAAACUGGACAGCUACAAUGGUUUACCUCCAGAUGCUAUUCAAGCACAUAUGAGAUUGGAUGAAAUAAAAGAUAAAGUAGCCCAUCUUGAAGAGGAACUUACAAAGAAAAUUGAUGUGAUGUUAGUGUGAUCUUUAUGACACGUCUCGUCACAAAACUGCUCUAAACAUUGAAGGAAAAUAUUGUAGAUUUAUAAAUUCUCAUGGUUUAUCAGAGCUCUGGAGAUUAGAUGUUUAUGAGGGUAUUUUCAUAACAAAGCAUAAAAAAUUGGACCCAUGCAUGCUGAUUAUGCAUUUUAAUCAGUUGAGUUUUUUUUCCAAAUGAAUUAAGCACAAACAAACAACAUGUGUGUUUGUAAAAUGCCACAAAGCAGAAUACUUGUAAAUGUUGAAAAACUGACUUAACUGUAAACCAUUUCACAUGUUUAUAAGGUUAGUUAUAACAUGCCACCAGAUAUACCAAGAAUGUCAAAUUGUUUGGCAGUUCUUGCAUUAAGAAGUAAAAAUAUUUGUUCAAGUAAAAUUUAUCAAUAUUGAUCUAUGGAAAGAACUGUAUGUAGAAAUGCUCUUGAAACAUAGGUAGCACAGUAGAAAUCAGCAGUUUUUAAAAUGAAGCACUUUAGCUUUGCAUUAAUAUAUAUUUAUAUUGUGGAUUUAUAAAUUCUCAUGGUUUAUCAGAGCUCUGGAGAUUAGAUGUUUAUGAGGGUAUUUUCGUAACAAAGCGUUAUUACUUUUUAGUGAUUUUUAUACGCCUGAAGAGAUGUGUUAUGUUAUGGUCCCAGUGUCUGUCUGUCCGUCCGUCAGUUAGCAAUUUCGUGUCAGCUCUGUAACUCUUGAACCCUUUGAAGGAUUUCAAAGAAACUUGGCACAAAUGUUCACCACACUGAGAUGACGUGCAGAGCGAAUGUUCCGGAUGAUAGCUUCAAGGUCAAGGUCACAUUUAGGGGUCAAAGGUCAUAUAUGACUUUAAUGUGUCUGCUCUGUAACUCUUGUACUGCUUGAAGGAUUUCAGAGAAACUUGGCACAAAUGUUCACCACACUGAGGCGAUGUACAGAGCGGACGACGCUUCAAGGUCAAGGUCACACUUAGGGGUCUAAGGUCAUAUAAAAAUGACUGCUUUAUGUAUAUUGCUCUGGAUUGCAAUGCUUUUGUUUGGCAGAUCCUUUUUUUUGUUCACUUACAAUAAUUUAUUUUGAUUUACUUCCCUUCCUUGUUACUAUAAAUAGCUUACUUUGUAACUUACUUUAUUAUUGAAUGUAGGGAAAAACUGAGACCACUUUUCUGUGGUACAACUUGGAUGGUAACUCCAAUUUUUAGCUGUAUUUUGACGUACCUUUACCUGGUAAGGAGUUCUUUUUUUGGACUUAGAAUUUUUUUUUGAAUGUGAAGUUUCAUGUAUUACUGUGUGUAAGCUAGUGCAUUACCCAUGUGUAAUUUAAUGCAUUACUGUUUGUAAGAUUGUGCAUUACCCAUGUGUAAUUUAAUGCAUUACUGUAUUAAUCUAGUGCAUUACCCAUGUGUAAUUUAAUGCAUUACUUUGCUUAAACUAGUGCAUUACCCAUGUGUAAUUUAAUGCAUUACUGUGCUUAAUCUAGUGCAUUACCCAUGUGUAAUUUAAAGCAUUACUGUGUGUAAGCUAGUGCAUUACCAAUGUGUAAUUUAAUGCAUUACUGUGCUUAAUCUAGUGCGUUGCCCAUGUGUAAUUUAAUGCAUUACCGUGUGUAAGCUAGUGCUUUACCCAUGUGUAAUUUAAUGCAUUACUGUGUGUAAGCUAGUGCAUUACCCAUGUGUAAUUUAAUGCAUUACUGUGUGUAAGCUAGUGCAUUACCCAUGUGUAAUUUAAUGCAUUACUGUGCUUAAUCUAGUGCAUUACCCAUGUGUAAUUUAAUGCAUUACUGUGUGUAAGCUAGUGCAUUACCCAUGUAUAAUUUAAUGCAUUACUGUGUGUAAGCUAGUGAAUUACCCAUGUGUAGUUUAAUGCAUUACCAUGCUUAAUCUAGUGCAUUACCCAUGUGUAAUUUAAUGCCUUACUGUGUGUACGCUAGUGCAUUACCCAUGUGUAAUUUAAUGCAUUACUGUGCUUAAUCUAGUGCAUUACCCAUGUGUAAUUUAAUGCAUUACUGUGUGUAAGCUAGUGAAUUACUCUCAUGUGUAAUUUAAUGCAUUACUGUGCUUAAUCUAGUGCAUUACCCAUGUGUAAUUUAAUGCAUUUGUAAUUUAAUGCAUCACUGUGUGUAAGAUAGUGUAUUACCCAUGUGUAAUUUAAUGCAUUACUAGGUUUAAGCUAGUGCAUUACCCAUGUGCCCAUGUGUAAUUUAAUGCAUUACUGUGUGUAAGCUUGUGCAUUACCCAUGUGUAAUUUAAUGUAUUACUGUGUGUAAGCUAGUGUAUUACCCAUGUGUAAUUUAAUGCAUUACUGUGCUUAAUCUAGUACAUUACCCAUGUGUACUUUAAUGCGUUUGUAAUUUAAUGCAUUACUGUGUGUAAGCUAGUGUAUUACUCAUGUGUAAUUUAAUGCAUUACUGUGUGUAAGCUAGUGCAUUAACCAUGUGUAAUUAAAUGCAUUACUAUGUGUUCCUACUCAACCUGGCAUCAGUAUCUGUUACGCAUCAACAUCUUGAUUAAAGUUUUGAUACAUUUUAUCUCUUUCAUUAUGCGCCCCUUUGAAGAAGUAGGGGUAUAUUGUUUUGCAGAUGUUGGCCGGUCAGUCGGUCCAUAGACCAAUUGGUUUCCAGAUGAUAACUCGAGAACGCUUGGGCCUAGGAUCAUGAAAGUUGAUAGGGAGGUUGAUCAUGACAAGGAGAUGACACCUAUAGAUUUUAAGAUCAGUAGGUCAAAGGUCAAGGUCACAGUGACCUGGAACAGUUAAACUGAAGCCUGCCCGCCAGCUUAGCUCAAUAGGGAGAGCACAGAUCUACAGAUAGCGGGCCCUGGGCGAAGCUGAUGUUCUCUGUGAUGAUUUGAUGAGACACUGUCUUAAAUAAUUCAUCCUCCACUUCUGAUUCAUGUGGGGAAGUGGCAGUUUCUUGUGGAGAAGAAGUUUGUACUGGUACAGAAAUCCAGGAACACUGGUUAGGUUAACUGCCGGUCGUUACAUAACAGAAAUACUGUUGAAAAACGGUGUUAAACCCAAAACAAACAAACAGUUAAACCGUUUCAGGACGCUAACUUGAGAACGCUUGGGCCUGGGAUCACGAAACUUGAUAGGGAGGUUGAUCAUGACCAGCAGAUGACCCCUUUUGAUUUUGAGGUCAGUAAGUGAAGGUCACAUUUUGACCCGGAACAGUAGAACCUUUUUGCUAAAUAACUAGAGAAUGCUUUAGUCUAAGAUCACAUUUGAUACAGAGGUCUCUUAUGACCCAUAAUUACUGAUUCGAGGUCAGUACGUCAAACGUCCAGUGCACAGUGACCAAAUAAUUUCUGUUCCUUGUGCGGUCACUGUAUGCAUCAAGGGGUGCAUUUCGUGUUCUACGAGCUCUUGUUACUUGAUGGAUUUGCUUUAAACUUAUCAGACCAAUGAGUAAAAUUAUGCGAAGUUAAAGUCGAUUCUUAAUAAGUUAUGUGCUAAAAUACAUUUUUGUAUAUUGAUUAUUGCAUGCAUGUUGUAUACAAACACACUUUGUAUGAAAUGAAUUUGUUGUUAUUGUUGAAUAAAUUUUUUACUUGAAACACA